AUGGGCGCCCGGCAGGACGACACCACGGCAGUCUCGAAGGAUGAGGGCGACCCCUCUCCCCCGGCAAAGAGACGAAGAACCGACGAAGGCGAUGCGUCACAAGAGGCGGAAAAGGUGAUACAGUCUGACCCACCAGAACAGAAACCACCGGACAUUGACGAAAGCUUCUACUCUAGACAGCUCUACGUACUCGGACGCGACGCCAUGGUUCGCAUGGCCCAAUCGGACGUCCUCAUUUCGGGCAUGGGAGGCCUGGGCGUCGAGAUCGCCAAGAACGUCAUCCUGGCCGGCGUCAGGUCCGUCACCAUUCACGAUGAGCAAAUGUGCACCGGUGUGGACCUCUCGGCACAGUACUUCCUCGGUGAAGAAACUAUAGGCGAAAACCGGGCAAGGGCAUGCGAAGCUUCCCUGGGACAACUGAACCAGUACGUGCAGGUGAAAGCCCAUACGCAACCGCUGACGAAGGAUUUCCUAAAAAAAUUCACCGUAGUCGUGUUGACCGAGACCCCGCUGGAAGCGCAACUGUCCAUGGCCGCCUACACCCACGAGAACAACAUCCCGCUCAUCGUCGCCGACACGAAGGGCGUGGCUGGCCAAGUGUUCUGCGACUUCGGCGAAAAAUUCCGCGUCCUUGACCCCAACGGAGAGCCGCCUCGGUCAGUUAUGAUUAAGUCCAUCAGCCAGAAGCAAGGAGUAGUCGCAACCGUACACAAGGCGCGGCACGGUUUCGAAGACGGCGACUACGUCACAUUUUCCGAAGUCCGAGGCAUGACCGAAAUCAACGACUGCCCGCCCACGGAGGUCAAGGUGUUAUGUCCACACCGAUUCUCCGUGCAGCUUCCAGCGAAGUGCGCUGAUUGCGGUAUAGGUGGCAUUGCAACCGAGGCUAAAAUUCCGAAGGAUAUCAAGUUUAAACCCUUGAAGGAAUCCCUGCUGGAUCCAGAGUUCGUCACAUGUGGUUCGGCAAAUGCAAACCGCGACGCGCAGCUGCAUCUGGGAUUCCUGGCCCUGCACGCCUUUGAGGAGGCGCACCAGCGACUGCCGCGUCCCUGGCAGGUGGACGACGCUAUGGAGGUGGUAGAGCUUGCCAAGGAGAAGAACGCCCUGCAGGCCAAGCCGCUGAAGGAAUUAGACGAGAGGAUCCUCACUCUUCUCUCGUGUGUCUCGUCUGGCUCCCUGUGUCCCAUGCAGUCCGUCAUCGGCAGCAUCGCAGCACAGGAGGUCAUCAAGGCGUGCAGCGGCAAGUUCACUCCGAUCCACCAGUGGUUCUACUUCGAUGCUUUCGAGUGCCUCCCACAGGAGGGCGCAAUUCCAGAAACGAACGCCAAUACACUGGACUUUACGCGGUACGGCGCGCAGAGCUGCGUGUUUGGUGUGGAAGUGCAACGCCAACUGCUGUCACAGACCUACUUCGUAGUCGGAGCCGGAGCUAUCGGCUGUGAACUGCUCAAGAACUUCGCCAUGAUGGGCGUCGGGGCAUACCUCGGUUGCAUCUAUGUCACGGACUGGGACAAGGUCGAGAGGUCCAAUCUGAACAGACAGUUCCUCUUUCGAGCCGAGGACGUCGGUCGCCCGAAGACGGCCGCCGCCACAGAGGCUGCUGUGCGAAUGAAUCCGGAACUAUGCAUCGUGCCUCACGAGCUCAAGGUCGGACCAGAAACGGAGAGCAUGUACGAUGACAGGUUCUUCGAGUCCCUGAAUGGUGUGCUCAUCGCACUGGACAACGUCGAAGGGCGUCAGUACAUAAACCGUCGAUGCGUGCACUACUGCAAGCCGUUUCUGGAUUCGGGCACCAUGGGCACCAAGGGCAGCGUUCAGGUGGUCAUCCCGUUGAUGACAGAGUCCUACUCGUGCUCCCAGGACGCGCCCGAGACGCCAGUGCCCGUCUGUACCAUCAAGUACUUUCCCUACAGAACAGAGCACACUCUCGAGUGGGCCCGUGACGAGUUUGAAGGCCUCUUCAAGACGAGUGCGGGGAGCGCUGUCAAGUAUUUGGGAGACUCCCGUUUCCUGUUAGACGCGCUGAAGACUCGGUCGCUCACAGAGAAGGUUGCCUUGCUGCAAGAGCUGAUGACGAUUCUAGUGGACGAAAGGCCUAGGGUAUUCGAUGAUUGUGUUGAAUUCGCCAGGCUGCGCUUUCAGGAACAGUACAACACCAACAUCAGGCAGGUUCUACAGGUUCAUCCCGAGGGGCAGCUCACUAUCAAGGGCACGCCGUUCUGGUCGGGAAGCAGACGCUGCCCCCACCCGAUCGAGUUCGACCCCAACAACACGCUGCACAUGGACUACAUCGUGGCUGCGGCGAACCUGCGGGCGGCGAUGUUCGGCAUCGCGCAAAACACGGACCGCGCAGCGAUCACCCGGAUGCUCGAAGAUGUCGACGUUCCCGUCUUCGAGCCGCACGGAAACGAUAAGGUCGCCGUCAGCGAUGACCGCUCCACGUCACGUGAUGAGAAGGAGCUCGUGUGCGAUCUGCUGGAGGAGCUCCCAGCUCCAAAGGACCUUCGCGACUUGACGCUAGAGGCGCUCGAGCUCGACAUGGACAAUGAGUUCAACUUCCACGCGGACUUUAUCGUGGCGGCUUCGAACCUGCGUGCUGCGAACUACAACAUACAGCCGGCCGAUCGGCUCAUGAGCAAGCUCGUCGUGGGCAAGAUCAUUCCGGCCAUCGUCACCACCACGUCGCUCGUGGCCGGACUUGCCUGCCUCGAAAUAUACAAGCUGGUUCAGGAACACGACAGGCUGGAGCUUUACAAGAACAGCUUCGUCAACUUGGCGCUGCCUUUCUUUGGUUUCUCAGAACCCGUACCACCUGCUUGGAAAAAGCAGUUCCGCAACCAAGAGUUCUCUUUCUGGAACUGCAUCGAAAUUAAGGGGGAGUUGACUCUUGCGGAGCUUCUGGAAUAUUUCAGGAUGCAGCUAGAUGUCGAAGUCACGAGCGUGUUGGAAGGAACCCGAACUCUGUACGAUGCCAACGCGCCCCCUUCGAGGACCCUCAUGAAGCUCGCCGUGAGCAAGUUCCUGGAACGCGUGUUCAUGGCCAAAAUCGACAGACAAACACGAACCCUGGCGCUUCGAAUCACCGGCAAGGACACCAACAGCGGAGCGGAAGUGGAGCUGCCCGAAGUGCGAUACGUGCUGCGCAAGUGACCACGGCGCUGCAUACCUGCUUGCGCUGAAAUAUAUGUACGUGAGGCUGUUUUUAAUAGCGAAUAUUCGAAGCGUAUACCACGU